GGCAGGGAUAUGAGCUGGAGGCGCGGGCAGUGAGAGAGAGCAGAGCAGCAGAGACAGAGCUGGAGAGGAGACUGCAGCAGGAGCUCAGGUUUAACCUCUGAUGUAUCAAGACGCUGAUCCAUCCCUUUGAACUAUUAGAGAGCAGGAGCUGGACUAUUUGUCCCAAUGCCGCCCCCAUCAGACAUUGUGAAGGUGGCGAUCGAAUGGCCAGGAGCUAAUGCCCAGCUGAUUGAAAUAGACCAGAAAAAGCCGCUGAUUGCAAUUAUCCGGGAAGUCUGUGAUGGGUGGUCCUUGCCGAAUCCAGAGCACUACACUCUACGCUACGCUGAUGGGACCCAGCUAUACAUCACAGAGAAGACUCGCAACGAGAUUAAAAAUGGAACCAUAUUGCGGCUGGCCAUCUCUCCCACUCGAGCAGCCCGGCAGUUGUUAGAGAGAAUCCAGUCUUCGGGCCUGGACUCGCGGCUCGACGCGUUGAAGGAACUGGCCAAACUCUCUGCUGACGCCACUUUUGCCACAGAGUUUAUCAACAUGGAAGGCAUUUUCAUCCUUACACUACUGGUGGAAAGUGGAACCAACAACUUACUGGAUAAAUUCAGUUUCGGUGAGAUGCUGGCCUUCACGCUGACCGCGUUCCUGGAGUUGAUGGACCAUGGGAUCGUCUCCUGGGAUAUGAUCUCCAUUGCCUUCAUCAAACAGAUUGCAAGUUAUGUCAACCAAACAACGGUGGAUGCCUCCAUCCUGCAGCGGUCCCUGGCUAUUCUUGAGAGCAUGGUGUUGAACAGCCAGAGUCUCUACAAGAAAGUGGCAGAGGAAAUCACUGUAGGACAGCUAAUUGCACAUCUACAGGUAUCAAACCAGGAAAUCCAGACGUAUGCCAUCGCGCUGAUCAAUGCUUUAUUCCUGAAAGCACCGGAGGACCGUAGGCAGGAGAUGUCCAAUAUCCUGGCACAGAAGCAACUACGGUCCAUAAUAUUAAAUCACAUUAUUCGAGGAAACCGUCCAAUCAAAACAGAAAUGGCCCAUCAACUGUACGUCCUUCAGGUUCUGACUUUUAACCUUCUGGAAGAGCGCAUGAUGACCAAGAUGGACCCUCAGGAUCAGGCUCAAAGGGAUAUCAUAUUUGAACUGCGGAGAGUUGCCUUUGAUGCUGAAUCUGACCCAAACAGCAGCAGCAGUCUGGAGAAGCGAAAAGCCAUGUACACUAGGGAUUAUAAAAUGCUGGGGUUUGUGAAUCAUGUCAAUCCAGCCAUGGAUUUUACCCAGACUCCUCCAGGAAUGCUAGCACUGGACAACAUGCUAUACCUGGCGAAGGUUCACCAGGACACCUACAUCAGGAUUGUCCUAGAGAACAGCAGUCGAGAAGAUAAACACGAAUGUCCUUUUGGACGCAGCAGCAUCGAGCUCACCAAAAUGUUGUGCGAGAUCCUGCAAGUCGGAGAGCUACCAGCUAAUGAGGGCUGCAAUGAGUACCAUCCCAUGUUCUUCACCCAUGACCGAGCUUUUGAGGAGUUUUUCUGUAUCUGCAUCCAGCUACUCAACAAGACGUGGAAGGAGAUGAGGGCGACAUCAGAAGACUUUAACAAGGUCAUGCAGGUGGUGCGUGAACAGAUAACAAGGUCCCUGAGCACUAAGCCAAAUUCCCUGGAUCAGUUCAAGAGCAAAGUCCGUUGCCUGAGUUACUCAGAGAUCCUGAGGCUGCGGCAGUCAGAGAGAAUGAGCCAGGAUGACUUCCAGUCACCACCGAUUGUUGAGCUGCGAGAGAAGAUUCAGCCCGAGGUGAUGGAGCUCAUCAAACAGCAGCGUCUGAACCGGCUAUGUGAGGGAACCAGUUUCCGUAAAAUCAGCAACCGCAGGCGGCAAGAUAAGUUCUGGUAUUGCCGGCUGUCUCUCAACCACAAGGUGUUGCACUAUGGAGAUCUGGAUGAGAAUCCACAGGGUGAGGUUGCCUUUGAGUCACUGCAGGAAAAAAUUCCUGUUGCAGAUAUCAAGGCCGUGGUAACUGGGAAAGAUUGUCCCCACAUGAGAGAAAAGAGCGCCCUAAAACAAAAUAAGGAAGUUCAAGAACUGGCCUUCUCCAUCCUUCAUGACCCUGAUGAGGCUCUGAACUUCAUUGCCCCAAACAAAUACGAGUACUGCAUCUGGACUGAUGGACUAAAUGCCUUGCUGGGAAAAGAGAUGACCAGUGACCUGACCAAGAAUGACCUGGAUACUCUGCUGAGUAUGGAAAUGAAACUGCGCCUGUUGGACCUGGAGAACAUCCAGAUCCCUGAGACACCUCCUCCCAUUCCCAAAGAACCCAGCAGCUAUGACUUUGUGUAUCAUUAUGGCUGAGCAGCAUGAUGACCAACACUUUGCAAGCACAAAAAACAAUUUAAAGAUUAAAAAAAACACAGCAACAUCCAGUGAGCAAAGAUAACACACUGCUCAACCAGCUGUUGAAGAAACAUGCCUCCAUUGAGUAAAGUGCUGUAAGUAGUGGAAAGGCAGAGUUGCAAGGCACAAAGGGCCGAGGUGAUUUGUUCUGGGGGGGGUUCUCGGGCAGACCUUGGGCCCUUUAGAAAUAAUUCUGUAUUUAAUAUUUUAGACAGGGUUUAAGAAUUUGGUGGAUAAUGUGAUUUGGUACAGUGAAGUUUGUAUGAUGGUUAAUAAUUUAUUAGUAUUCCAGUAGGCCAGCCUGCUUAUGGAGGUUUUUUCACUGUAUGCAAACAAUAUUCAAUCAAAUAUUAUUCAAUCCCAUUGUUCCAAUGUGGGACAGUGGAUUGUGUUUGUAUAACCUAUCUGUAUAUACUAUUUGUGAAUGUCACAGAAAAUAUAUAUAAGGAGAUUUUCCUUCAGUUUCUGAUACUUGGGAGUGCCUUCAUGGCUGUCACCCAGGAAUAAUUCCUACUUUUUUUUGAAAGCUCUAAUUUUGAGCAGUGACACGAUUGAGGGCAACCUACCAACCUUAUUGUCUUCUUUAAUCACAGUUUAUCCUGCUCUCCUGAAUGUCUGCUCCAACACCAUCCCAGAGCUUGCAGGUUGUGAAGUGAGGUGCCUAGUCACCUGGAGAUGCAGCUCUGCAGAUGAGGAGGAGGUGGCCACAGGUGGUCAUUAACCUGUUUUAUAAAUACCACUACUGCAAUCCAGUGCCAUUCAUAAACUGCUUGAGCUUUGCUUUCGUCCUUUUGUGAUUUAUGAUAUCGCUAGAUUACUAGCGAUGUGCAGGCGUACAUAUUGGGAUAGUGCUGGUAGACUAUGAUUGAUCCACGCCCCUUUAAGCACAUUGGAGCUCUGGCAAAGGUGCUUAGUAUCCUCACUGUUUUCCACCUUUGCAUCUUCUUUAUUUAAGAUCUUGUCAUGGGCAUUUAACUGAAUAGGUACCAGGAUGACUUGGAUUAUAGACCUUGAAUUGAAAGUACUCAAUUGGUCUUGAUAAGGACACUGAACAGGUACAUGAAUGGACUAGAUUACAGACACUGAAUUCAAAGGGUACUUGAAUAGCGUAGGUGAGGACACUGAUUUAUACAGGUACUUAAAUCAACUAGAUUAUAAAAUAUGGAAAUCAGUGGGUCAUUUUGUCAAUGAAACCCUACUCUGCUUUUGAGCCGUGUAAAGAGAACGCUCCAAUAUUGCUAUAUCUAAGCUAUCCGUUAAUAAUGCAUAGUUAUAAAUUAUAGAGCUUCAUUUGUAUCCAUAAAUAUUAAUCUAAGGUAAUAUUGUCAGCAUGUGGGGUUAUCAUCCUCUCAAUAGCAAACCCGUGUUUUAAAGAGUGACCAAAAAAUAGUCUCUUUGCUGAAGCACUGACUUAACACACAGUUUUAACAUAAGUGACUACGUUCAUGCUGUUUAAUUAUGGCAUUGCAGAAGUUAAAUUGUCUGGAACAAAUGGCACAACUUGCAUCCAUGUCAAAACGUUGUACUGUUGCCUCUUAUAUUUUUUACUUGGUGUGGCGAUAAUUGACUCUUCAAAGGGAAAACGCAAUGAACUAUUAAGUAUCGGCAGCAGUGCAUACAACUUCACCUAGGACCAUAGCUUCUCAUCCAUGGCUUUCUCACUAUGAGAACAUGGUGCUUCAAGUUUACAGUCUUUGCUGAUGGAAGUUAAGAUUGCACUUUCUUAUGGCAGUUUACUCUUGACAUAGGAAGCAUUUUAUUGAGAAACAUGUUUUAUAUUUACAAAGUUUGGAUAGUUUGGGACUGAGUCAGAAGCUUCAGAAUACAACUUUUAUACUUAACACUUAAGAGAUGCUGCACUGAUGUAUUAAUUAAUGUUACCCAGUUGAGGAGUAGAUUAUAGGUCAGCGGGAUAGGAGGCAAUGUAGGCCGUCAAACUAAAUCAGAACCUGCAACCCUAUCCAAGAACAUUUAAAUUACACACUAGGAAGAGGCUUCCAUGUAAACAAAUACAGGAAAUUGUGCCUUUUAAGUAACUGAACUAUAAAAAAGACUGAAUUUUAAUUAGGUUCCAUUGUUCCCUCAGAGGAUCAUUGGAUGUACAUAACACAUGCUGAUUGGUUCAUUCUUGCUCCCGAAAUAACUAUGCAUUAGAUUUUAAAACAAUUGAUCCCAGUACAGUAAAUAAGGGUAAUAACCUGCUAUGGAUGAAUGACAAUCUGCAAGAUGUAAUCUUCUGAGAAACAUAUCAAUAUUGUAAAAGGAAAAGAGAUGAAAGGAAACCCUGCAAUUCUGGAAAGAAGAAAAUUGCUAGAAAUCCAGUGCAAGAGUUAUUCAGUUUGGAAAACAGUAAAAUGUUUGUGUCUCAAUGAAAUAUGCGUUGGAUGGGUCAAAAUGAUGCUCUCUAUGCCUCACCCGUCCAAAACCAUCCAAGAAAUGUAUGCUUUACCCUGGCGUAGCUUUAGGAUACGUACAAAAAUUAAUUACAGUUACCCAACUGUCUGGCCAUUAUUGUGAACUUAAGUACAAGUUGUUCCUACUACUAGCCUUUUAAAGAGACAGUCCAACAUUUUGAAAAUAAGUUCACUCUUCCAAUAUUGCUACUUUCCUUAAGCCCUAAUGUCUGGAAGGUGUAGUACCACUACUGCUAAUCCAUUGUGGGUUGGCUGCAAUCACUUUUGAGUGAGUAGGGACAUUUACGCAGAUCACCCAAGAUCCCUACUGAUCAGGUGGGAAGCCUGAAGAACCCUCUGUAAAGAUCCCUCCAAAAAUGGUGUCGGUGCACAUUAUUUUCCAAAUUAAACUUUACUCUGCCCCAGAAGUGUGAAGUCGAAAGGCUCCCAGAGUUUUUAAACUCUAAAUUUAUUGGCAUCAAAAAUAUUUAACAAUUUAUUUUCAUCCUUCCAUUAUAACAAUUCCAGAUGAGUGAUCCCUACUGUGAUUUAUGAGUGAAGCUAUUUUUAAUGUCAUUUGGGAGAAUAUUUGUCUAUUGUACUGUUAAUUGGUCAGUGUUAUAAUGGCUGAUAAGAUUUUUAAAAAUGAAAUGGUAACAUUUACACAAUAAACAGAACAAUCCUGCUGUAA